AUGAUGUUCACAAUUAUCAUGCCCGCGGUGGCCGCAAUCUUCCUCUCCUUCUCCCAGUGGGCGACGGCGGCAGGCCCUGCGAUCCUACCCUGCGAGGCGUCACAACCAGAGUUCCUCGUCUCCGACUGGACAGGCUCAUACACCGGCGACAGCGAGUCAUUCACAUUCUACCUCUCGUCCACCUUCGCCGACUACUACUCCGGCUGCAGCGGCAAGAUCAACGAGGGCGCGGCGGACAGCGGAGUCAGCUGGUGUCUGACGGUCAUCCCUGGCUUCAAUGUCUCAUUCACCAAGUCCGGCGACGAAAUGACCAUCAACCACGCCUACAAAUGCAGCUCGGCCGAUGGAGAGGUGUCAGCGAUGGCUACCGGUUCGGCUGUCCUUGACUUGUCCAGGACUGUCACGGCUCCCGACACCGGCAGGAUGAUUCUGGCUGGCGGAAAACAGACGAUCGCCGCGGCAACAGAGACGGUUUGA